AAACCGAAGAUGUUCAAGAAACAACCCUCGCUCUCUUCCGUAUCAAAGAAGACAACGAAUCUUCCUAUGAGAGAACAUACCAUGUUUAAGAAAGCCUCCGAGCUUUCAAUCCUGUGCGAUGUCGAAGUCUGUGUUAUAUACUACAACCGUGACGGAGAACUCGUCAGGACAUGGCCGGAAGAUCAAUCCAAGGUUCGAGACAUGGCGGAGAGAUUCAGCAAACUCAACGAUAGGGAGAGACGCAAGAAAAGCACAAACCUUUCUCUGUUUCUGAAUAAGAAGACCGGCCUCAAAGACAAGAAGACAUCUUUUGAUAUCACGGACAACAGAUUCUCUGAGAAAGUUUUGGAGAUGGAGGCUUCGUUAGAGAGUUCUCUACGGGUGUUACAAGAUAAGCUUCUUCGGUUACAGAACCAGGCGGAACCCAAUCAGAAGAACCCUGUGGUGUCUUCCGGCGGCUUCUUCACACCAGAUCCAUCAUUGAUGAGCGGAACAGAGCAAGACCUAUCGACGCCAUCAUUGACUCAACAACAUCAGAGCAAAUUUUCAGUCUUUCUCUAUAACCAUGACAACGGUAGCUUCUGCCAACUCCCUGACUCCUCUGUUUCUACCUUUGACCCAUCGACGAGUUCGAAGAACCCUGUGGUGUCUUCCGGCGGCUUCUUCACACCAGAUCCAUCAUUGAUGAGCGGAACAGAGCAAGACCUAUCGACGCCAUCAUUGACUCAACAACAUCAGAGCAAAUUUUCAGUCUUUCUCUAUAACCAUGACAACGGUAGCUUCUGCCAACUCCCUGACUCCUCUGUUUCUACCUUUGACCCAUCGACGAGUUCGGCUUCACUUGGGACAACUUUGUUGUGACCAAUUUAGAUUUUAGGGUUUGUAAUAAGUCGAGAAUUUUUGUUAUUAUCUUUUGAAUAAUUGUAUGUUUUGGUUAGUAUGAAUGCAUUUUUUUUUUCUCAAGUUUUGUAACAUAGUCUUGGCUUCGGCUUCGGACAGAUGAUAUUGUUAGAACUAUCACAGUUUUGCAACUUGAAAAUAGAACUUCUACCACAGUUUUGCAAUUUGUAUUGUUUGCAAGACCACAGUUUUGCAAUUUGUAUUGUUUGCAAGAC